UCUCAAAACUGAACCACCAACUCUUCUCUCUUCCCCCAUUCUCCUUCCUUACCACAAAAACACUGAUAAAAGCAACAAAAAUGAGCUCAACCUUAAACCUCAAUGAUGACAAGACAGUAGAAACAGUCAUGGUGGGAAGGUACAUGGAAAUGGAACAGGAAGGAGAGAAGAAGACAGCCAAGUCUCGCUUCUCCUCCCUCCUCUGGCAUGGCGGCUCUGCUUAUGACGCCUGGUUCAGCUGCGCCUCUAAUCAGGUUGCCCAAGUUCUUCUCACUUUGCCCUAUUCCUUCUCCCAGCUGGGCAUGAUCAGCGGCAUCCUGCUGCAGCUUUUCUAUGGUCUCAUGGGAAGCUGGACUGCUUACCUUAUAAGUAUUCUUUAUGUAGAAUAUAGAACCAGGAAGGAGAGGGAGAAGGUGGAUUUCAGGAAUCAUGUUAUACAGUGGUUUGAGGUUCUUGAAGGUUUACUUGGAAAGCAUUGGAGAAAUGUUGGUUUGGUUUUCAACUGUACAUUUCUUCUCUUUGGCUCAGUUAUCCAGCUGAUUGCCUGUGCUAGCAAUAUAUACUACAUAAAUGAUAAGUUGGACAAGCGGACAUGGACUUACAUAUUUGGAGCCUGCUGCGCUACAACGGUGUUCAUCCCCUCUUUCAGAAACUACAGAAUAUGGUCUUUCCUUGGUCUUCUUAUGACCACCUACACUGCUUGGUAUCUCGCCAUUGCUGCUCUUCUUCACGGCCAGGUGGAAGGUGUGAAGCAUUCGGGGCCAGCGAAGAUGGUUCUUUACUUUACAGGGGCUACCAACAUUCUCUACACCUUCGGAGGCCACGCUGUUACUGUGGAAAUAAUGCAUGCUAUGUGGAAACCCCAAAAAUUCAAAUCCAUCUACCUCUUAGCCACCGCCUACGUCCUCACCCUUACCCUACCUUCGGCCGCCGCCGUCUACUGGUCGUUCGGCGACCAACUCCUCGAGCACUCCAACGCAUUCGCAUUGCUACCCCGCACUCCCUUCCGCGAUGCCGCCGUGAUCCUCAUGCUCGUCCAUCAGUUCAUAACAUUCGGCUUCGCCUGCACUCCCCUCUACUUCGUUUGGGAGAAGGCCGUCGGGCUCCACGACUGCCGGAGCAUGUGUAAGCGCGCCGCCGCCCGGCUGCCGGUGGUGGUUCCCAUUUGGUUUCUGGCCAUCAUUUUCCCUUUUUUCGGACCGAUAAACUCAGCCGUUGGAUCUCUGCUGGUCAGCUUCACUGUUUAUAUUAUUCCGGCUUUGGCUUAUAUGUCUACGUUCAGGUUCGGGCAUGCACGUGAGAAUGCAGUGGAGCCACCACCUAGAUGCUUUGGAGGUUGGAUAGGGGCCUACACCAUCAACACAAUCAUAGUUGGGUGGGUAUUAGUCAUUGGGUUUGGGUUUGGUGGAUGGGCUAGCAUGACAAAUUUCAUCCAUCAAAUUAACACAUUCGGUCUUUUUACCAAAUGCUACCAAUGCCCACCACCAUUGCCUCCUAUUUCGCUUCCUGUUGAUACGCCAGUUGUCGCCCCCUCGCCUUUCUCAUACAACAUUAUUUCUAACUCGAGCCAAUCUACAUUCUCUUCUUCCCCUUCACUUUCUCCUUCUGCCUCCUAUUUUCCUCAUCACUUUCACCAUCACAACUAUCAUCAUGGCCAUUGAUCUUCUAUCAAUCAUGUUGAGAGUUAAAGCUUGAUCAGAGAAGUGUUGGAUAAGUUAUUGGUUUCUUGUUUUGAUUACAAUUUCCUCCUCAGCUUCUGUAAUGCUUGAAUGGUAGACAAAGAGAAGGACAUGUUAGGGCUACAUGGAAGAAGGGCUACUCUCUUGGAAUUUGCACUUUGGAUAGGUAUUAAAUAACUAGCAUUUUUGUUUUAUUUUGAGUUUGAGGGAAUUGCUUUGAGAGAUCAUUAGAGAAGUAAUUGUUGGUGUAAUAGUUUGCUUUGUAU